UGACUGAACAACCACAAUCGGUACGGAACCACUUUUAGUAACUGAGAAAGAGAGAGAAGUUUGACCCGCAUUCAAUCUUGUUUAGCUGAUUUAGAGCAAAUUAUCGCCAGCAAAAUGUGAAGUGCAGUUAAAAGAAAAUAAGCCACCACACCACCAGCGAAGCUUAUCAAUAGCACUCCCAACAGUACCAUAUACAACGUGAGACACUUCAAAGGUCGAACGGAAAAGCAACAGAGCGUUCGAAAAUUUCCAGUUUUGGAUACUCAUUGGCUCAGUAGUGAAAAAAAUGUGCAUUUUGUUCGUCUACGUGAAUACCAACGGAAAACCGAUUUCCGGUGAGUACAAGCUAAUUCUAGCGUCCAACCGAGACGAACACUUUAACAGACCGGCUAAAGCUGCUGCCCCCUGGGAGGAGAAUCCACAUGUUAUUGGAGGACGUGAUAUGGAGCCUGGCCGAGAAGGAGGAACCUGGCUAGCGCUGGGAUCACGUGAUGGCGUAAUUCGUGUCGGUGCUCUGCUGAACGUAAGCGGCGAAAAUAAACCGAACAGCACAACCGGACGGGGUCCGAUAGUGUCCGGGUAUGUUGCCGGAAGCAGUUCAAAUGAGAACUAUUCGAAGCAACUGCUGGCGAACGAUACCUACGGGCCGUUCAAUUUCGUUUCGGUCGAACUGGAUCGUACCGGAGGAGCUUCCGUUCUACAUGCCAGCAAUGCUCCGCUCAAAAUUGACCAAUGUGAUCUGCGGGAACCGUUGGGUUUCGGUAACAGUCCGCUGGAUAAUCCCCUGGAGAAAGUGAAACAUGGCCGCAAACGUUUCGGCGAUAUCGUUGAUAAACGGCUGAAGGUCGGCUGUAAGGACGAGUUGGUGAACGAACUGCUGGGACUGCUUCGCAGUAACGAAAAAUACUUUCCCGAUGCAGAACUGUCCCGACGGGUGCCCGUCAGUGCGGAGAAGCUUUCCAGUAUAAAUGUACGUGUCCCGGAGUAUGGGUACGGCAGUAGAACCCGCACCAUCAUUUUGGUUGACCACGAAAAUCACAUGGAACUAAUCGAAGAAACGAUGGCCAGCACCGAUCCGGACGUGGUCCUACCCCAAAUGAACUAAACACUGGUCAAGCUGAAUUGCUGGAAACCAUCCAUAAAUGACACACCGACAUCAAAGUACACCAACAAAGCAUCCGAGUCUAGUACAGUCUCUUCCUCGUUACAAUCUGGAGAACGUCAAGAACUCGGAAAUGAAAAGUGUGUUAAGAAGAUGCAAGCUAUUAAUGAAUGAUUUGUAAUACCAAAAUAUGUUCAAAAUCAAUACAGUAUAGGUCCCACCCUCCUGACACUCCUUUACUAACUUUAGGGGAGCAGGUCGCCCCAUAAUACGGCUUCCACUCAUAUCCACCUAACAACAAGAUAAUCGGCCACGUUAAGCUAACGCAAAUGAGCCCAAUAAAAAUUUUAUUAUAAAAAAAAAAA